AUGUCGAGUACGCAAUCCCAGAGUCAAACCACGGGUACGAAUAACGCUUAUCAUCCGUACGGGGCUCAAAUGAAACCUGAUCAGCAUGGAGGAAACAACGCCGGGUUCGGCCAGGUUCUUCCGCAGUUGCCGCCAUCAUUGAAUAUGACACCGCCUUACUUCCCUUACUAUUGCCAGUCGAUGCCGUUUGUAACUGUCAGUUACAAUUACUAUAACAAUCCCAACCAGAAUGCUUUCGCAACGAUGAAUUUGCCUUUGCCAGCUUCUUCGCUGAACGUUGCAACACAUCGCCCCUCUUACCUUCAAGAUGCCCUGGAGAAUAGCCUUGAAAUAUCUACCCAUGUCAAUGGAAGCAUCGAUACCAACGGGAUCGACAGAAGAUCAUCAUGUUUCUCAGGAUCAACAGUUCAUUUCAGCGGAGAUCUGGGAGCGGUUCAAGACGCAGACUCAACCCGGAAGACGGGUUCGGCGAAUAUCAAUGAAUUCGCGGAUAUGCAGCUAUCAACGUCCCUGGGUAUGAUGGCUUCUGGAUAUCGUGGGGAUCCAACAGUUACUCAAGCCCCGGAUAUGACAUGGCAAACGGAUAUCAAGAAGCUCAAUUUGAACGGGUCAACCAGUCAUGGGUCAUUGCUGCCCGAGAGGAUGCCCCAACCACCGCCUGUCAAACGACCGUAUCAGAACUACCCCCAGGGCACACCUGGGAAUCCAGAUCCUAAGGUCACUUCAACGAAUCAAAUGGCCCAAGGCGCGCCUGGGAAUCCAGAUCUUAAUGUUGCUUCAACAAAUCAAAUGCCCAAACCGAGCUCAUUGCGUACCGCGAGGACUGCUUCAAUCCCGUCUGAUAUGGAUGUAAAACCUGGAGAUUGUGCGUGUGAGUUCUGUGAAAGCUAUUACGAUAUUGGCAGCGAAAUAAAGAAGGAGGUUCUUGAGGAUGCUAAACAGAUGGUUGGAGACUGGCUUAAUAAGCUCCAUGACCCUGUAUCUACUGGGGAGUUUGUAUAUGGCCCUGCUGCAGAACUCCUUGAGAUCGAACAAGCUCAGCCAGAAGAAUCUCAGUCUGAACACCGAGGCCGCAGGAGAAAUAAGAUUAUAUAUGAGUAUGAUCUACACACACAACAUCCCGAUACUAGGCCUCAACAACCCAAACGAUCGUCCUUGGGAGCUAUGGGCAUUGGAACGAAUGUACAUGGGCACGAUUCUGUAGGGUAUCAACCAGUUACUACGCCGAGCAAGCACCGGCCGCAUAAAUCAAUGGGUUCUCCGGAAGCAGCGCCAUUUGUGCCUGAAAGUGUGAAGCAGAAGCAAAGGAUACAUGAAGCUUCUCAAGAUCUCGAUGCAGCUGACGAAGCGUUCAUACCAACAUUUGGGAGUUAUGAGUCGUGGAGUCAAAUGCUUCGAGUGACGAAAAGCGAUGCCCAGGAAAAUACAACCAAAAGUGGGGACUGCUCCAAGUCUGACAAGAAAGGGGCAGAGACAGAUCCAAAGUCAGCACCGCCAGAAUCUUCAGAAAAGGGGGAUGGUGAGUGGAUAACACUAGUACGACGAAAAAGCAAAAAGUCCAAGUGGUGGAAGACUUCCAUUUCCAAUUUCGAGGGAAUUGUUCCGAUAUCAGAGGAAGUUAACCUAUAA